AGUUUCGUUGUAUCGUUUGCCGAGGGAGGUUGUGUGAUGCGUAGGCAACCGCAGCUUUGUUGACAUACGUGUUUUUAAAAGUGUUUGUGGUUUUAUUUUUGUGGGAACUAUAUUAUUGUUUUCUUGAUUUCUGGAUUAUCUCUCUUGUGUUCAAGAUGAUGAAACAUGUGCAGCUGUCUCCUUACAGGAGCAGAGCUGACACAGUGUCUCUCAGUUCAACGGUUUCGUACGGCAGUCUCAGUCCAGAACCACUGGGAAGCAGGUCAUCCAGUUAUUCGUCGUUGAAUGAAUCUGUACAGACUACAAUAAAAGUGUACGCCAGAUGUCUACGUCCCGAUAUUGAAUACAAAACCCUCAGCAUCACUUUUCAAACGACCUGUAAGGAAGUUGUGGCGACGUUGCUAGGAAAAUACAAGAUGAAGCACAGAGAUCCGAAGCUGUUUUAUCUUUCUAUGGAAGUCACGGUGAGGAAAGCUGGUGUGAAGACGCAUUUGGCGUUGGACGAAGAAGCUAGACCUGCCGUGCUUCAGAGCUGCCAUCCUAAAGGAGAUUCCAAGUUCUCCCUUCAAACCCGCCGUGGAGGACUAGUAAAAAUCUACGAUUCAGCUUUGAACAACAACUCCCAGUACAAGAGUCUCCUGAUAAGUGCCAGAACGACAUCAGAUGAAGUCAUCUCCUUGCUGCUGACUUGUAGCAACAGCAAGGAGAGAGUAGAGCAGUUUUCCAUCUAUGAAGUCAACACGGAUCGAGAACAACAAAGGAAACUACACCCAGAUGACAGGCCUCUUCAGGUUCAACAGACGUGGCUUCCAUCCCACCAGUGCCAUUUCCUCAUCAGAAGGAAUCCUGAUUACUUGCCGUUAUCUAGACGAAAGAUAUUCUGGGUGUCAGAACUGCCUCCUUUGCCGGUUUCCCGAACGUUCAGAACGUCACAGCCCAUCUCCCUGCCACACACUCACACUAGCAACAGCAACAACAAUAACUCCUGCAAUAGUUUAAUACCGUUUUCCCGAUCUCACCAAUCAACAACGCCCUCCACCGAAAACCAAAGCGAGGAAAAACUAAAACAAAGUGAAAAACCCAAACAAAAAGACGCUACCGUUGUGAAAAACAAAAACUCCAACUUGAAAAUCUGGAGCAGUAGUUCGCAACUUUCCAAAAGUGAUAGUGAACAGUCAUAUGCGGACUACGAAAACUAUUUUUAUAUUUAAUUUUUUGGUACCUAGAUCUUUGACAAGCUCGAGAUAUUAUGGGUUAUUUCUAUAUUGUCGUCUUCACGUAAUAUAUUAAAGUUGACGUCAUGCUAUCAUUGUUCUAACCUCAAAAGAUAACUGACUAUCAUUACUAUGAUUUAUACACCUGAGAUAACUCAUACUCAAGUCAAAUUGCUUUAUCCUCGAGCUUGCCUUUGAAAUAGACAAUUUUGUAAUAUUAUUUUUGUUAUGAUUUGUUUUUUUGUAAAAUUUUGUAUAUAUUCUACGUGUGUUAUCUAGUUUUUUAUGUGAUAUGCAGCUUGACGUUUGUUUUGAAACCAAAGAAUCUUUAUUGGCAGCUAUUCAAAAAUGUUUUGUGUACUGUGGAUCAUUCUUCCAAAAUACAUCAAAAGUUGUUCUUUAUCUAUUGAUAUUCUGUCUGUAAAUUUAUAUAUCUACUUUUUGAAAAAAAAAACUUUUAGCCUAAUUGUAUUAGAAAACGUCUGCAAAAUGUUUAUAUAUCUAUAAAUGACAUGUAAAUACUUCAUACGGGUGUUGUUAGUCCCGUAGAAUUUUUGUUACCAUUAUUUUUUUUUAUCACUUUUAGAAAGUUAUCAAAACAUGCACAUAGGAAUACAAAUACCUAGGGAUACUGUUAUUAUAAUUCUCAUGUAAAAGUGUGUAACCUCAAAUGUAUUGUCCCUACUAGUUAUACUAUUUACAAUACACUAUCUCUUAUGUUACCCUCAUCUUAUUCUUUAUUCAAGUAUCUUGAGCUAUGAAUGUUUCAUUUAACUCUGUUUUUCAAUAGAUACCAUUUUGUACUUAAAUAAUACUAACGAAAGAUUAAAUUUAGCUCAAAAUUUCUUUUUCCUGGCUCAUUCUUACUAUUUAUAUAUUUAUUUUCUUUUGUUUUGUGAGCAUUCAGGUUUUUUUGUGCUGGCACCACUUGUUUUAAAAAAUAAUAUGUUUCUGUUAAGAAUUUAAUUAAUAUGUUAUUUCCCAUAGUGUAAUGCACCUCACGAGGAGUUCAACAAACGAAUGUAAUUCUCCCGUAAACGAAAAUUUAUCAAAAAUAAUUCAUUGACACACAAAGAACUCAUUUUCUCGAAAAAAUAAUAACCUCAAAUGUAUCACACCUACUAGUUAUACUAUUUACUAUAGAGUUAUAAAAUUUAUUGAGUUAAAGUCAAUGUAAAGCUAUUGAUAAAAAAGAAUCUUUUAGGUCUUUGCUAGUACUGGAAAAUGUGUCUGUGAAAUAAUUUCGAUGAAUAAACAAUAAAUAUAACUGCUUGGUAAUUCUAUCAUUGUUCAGUCGAUGAAUUUUAUCUCGGUGAGCUGCAUAGAUGUAGUAUUUCUUAAUGUUUUAUCAUCAGCAAUUCUGUGUAUUUUCUUUUUAAAACUUAACGUCUUCUUCUUAACUGACAUGUGUAAUAAAGAAUAAUCUACUAAAAUGCUUAGCCAAAGAGUAUUUUUAAGGUGUGUUUGGGUUUCAAAAUUAUAGUGCAAUUGCUGUGGAGAGAAAAAGCCGCAGUGCCUCUUGUAUGAUACGGAAUGAGUGAAUAAUUUUAAUGUUUGUGUCAAUUAGGAAGAUAAUUUAUUAGGUAUACUAAGGGGAUCCACUAAUCUUUUACUUUUUUGUCACUUCUUUUCUGUAAUUGAAUAUUGCUUCUAGGUCCACAAAAAGUAGAGUAAGUUUGAAGAUUUGUGGUUCCUGCUGUAACAAAUUUUAUAUUCUUUAAUAGAAAUACAGAUGUUUAUUACAUUAUUCAUUUAUAGAAUAUAAAAGUUGAAUAUUGAGUUGUAUAUCAGUGUUGUAUGUGUAUUUUAUGUUAAACCAAAGAAUUGUGUAUUUUGUAAAUAUGAAGUAUUGUCAAUGAUAUUGUGUAAUAAAAAAUUGUCUUUUUUU